AGGACUCUGCCUGUUAUACUCUGUUAACCACAGAGGCCCAAAGUUCUUCCAUAACUAAUCGGAGCCUGUGACUGCCUUGCGCGGCUCUGAGGAGCCGUCACAAUCCCUUUCCUCUCUUGGAAGCGGGGUGAUUGCAUGUGAACCAUGGAGCAGGGCAGCAGCCGCUCGGAGGACUUCCCUCUCAAUGUGUUUUCGGUCACUCCUUACACACCCAGUACCGCUGACAUCCAGGUGUCCGAUGAUGACAAGGCAGGGGCCACCUUGCUCUUCUCAGGCAUCUUCCUGGGACUAGUGGGGAUCACGUUCACCAUCAUGGGCUGGAUCAAAUACCAAGGUGUCUCUCACUUUGAAUGGACCCAGCUCCUUGGGCCCAUCCUGCUGUCAGUCGGGGUGACAUUCAUCCUGAUUGCUGUGUGCAAGUUCAAAAUGCUCUCCUGCCAGGUGUGCAAAGAAAGUGAGGAAAGGGUCCUGGAUUCGGAGCAGACGGCGGGAGGACAGUCGUUUGUUUUCACUGGUAUCAACCAGCCCAUCACCUUCCAUGGGGCCACUGUGGUGCAAUAUAUCCCUCCUCCCUAUGGCUCUCAAGAGCCCCUUGGGAUCAACACCACCUACCUGCAGCCAGUGGUGAACCCCUGUGGUCUCAUACCACCUGGAGGGGUGGUGAUGGCCACUCCAAGUCCUCCUCAGUACUACACCAUCUACCCUCCAGAGAAUGCCGUGUUUGUUGGUGAGCAAGACUACCCUUCGAUUGUGGCUGGUGGAAAUGACAGGUAUGUUGUGUGUAGUGGGGACGCUCCCCUUGUGGCUGUCACAGUCACAGCCCACGGGCAUUGUCUGGUUCAGCCCUGA